AUGGGAGAAAACGACUAUCUUCCACUCUUUGAAACAAGGGCAUCAAGAGGAAGGUUUCUGUUCAAACUCUACGUCCUCACAAUAUUCGUUGCUAUUUGCAUGAUAUUGGUGUAUAGGGUGAGUUACUUGCCAGUUGAAGGAGCAGUAGAAAUAUGGAGUUGGAUUGGAAUGUUCGUCGCAGAGCUAUGGUUCAGUUUUUACUGGUUUAUCACUCAACUUAUUAGAUGGAAUCCCGUUUAUCGUUACACUUUCAAGGACAGGCUCUCUCAAAGGUAUGAGAAGGAUUUGCCAAGGGUAGACGUAUUUGUGUGCACUGCAGACCCAGAAAUAGAGCCACCAACUAUGGUUAUCAACACAGUCUUAUCUAUGAUGGCCUACGAUUACCCACCGGAGAAGCUGAGCGUUUAUCUAUCGGACGAUGGUUGCUCCGACUUGACCUUUUAUGCAAUGUUAGAGGCAUCAAGAUUCUCAAAACAUUGGCUGCCAUUUUGCAAGAAGUUCGAGACAGAACCAAGAUCACCAGAGGCCUACUUUCGGACAGCUCUUGAGCCACUAGAUGAUCCUCUCAAGGCCAAGGAGUGGUUGUUUGUCAAGAAACUAUACAUGGACAUGAAGAACCAGAUUGAAGCUACCACAAAGCUAGGCAAACUUCCGGAGGCAAUUUGCAAAGAAAACAAAGGAUUUCGCGAGUGGAAUUUCGUUUCAAGCCGGCGAGAUCACCAAACCAUCCUUGAAAUUCUGAUAGAUGGAAGAGACCCUCAGGCUAUGGAUAAUGAAGGACAACCUUUGCCAACUUUGGUAUACUUGGCUCGUGAAAAGAGACCUCAAUAUCCUCACAAUUUCAAAGCAGGAGCCAUGAAUGCACUGAUAAGGGUGUCAUCCAGGAUAAGCAAUGGUCCGAUUAUCCUCAACGUCGACUGCGACAUGUACUCUAACAAUUCAUACUCAGUAAGAGAUGCACUAUGCUUUUUCAUGGAUGAAGAACAGGGUCAUAAGAUUGGCUAUAUACAGUAUCCACAGGUGUUUGAGAGCCUCACAAAGAAUGAUAUUUACUGCAAUGCAUUGAACGCAGAAAUGAAGGUGGAAUUUCCAGGAUUAGAUGCGAAUGGAGGGCCACUAUAUAUUGGUACUGGGUGCUUUCACAGACGAGAGGCUCUUUCUGGGAGGAAGUACAGCAACGAAUGCAAGGUAGACUGGAAGAAAGUGAAUGAUACAAAGGUUGAAGAAAGUACUGGAGUCCUCGAAGAAGUAUGCAGAGUUCUAGCAAGUUGUACCUAUGAAGAGAAUUCCGAAUGGGGAAAGGAGAUGGGUUUGAAAUAUGGCUGUCCAGUGGAGGAUGUAAUCACAGGACUCUCUAUACAGUGUAGAGGUUGGAGAUCUGUGUACUUCAUUCCUGAAAGAGAAGGUUUCUUGGGACUAGCUCCUACAACACUACUACAGACAUUGAUUCAGCAUAAGAGAUGGUCUGAAGGUGAUUUUCAAAUUUUGCUAUCAAGGCACAGCCCCUUCCUGUUAGGACAUAAAAGGAUACCCCUAAGACUUCAACUUUCAUACUGUAACUACUUGCUAUGGGCAACCAGCUGGUUUGGGGUGCUGCCCUAUCUUGUUGUGCCGCCCUUUUGCCUGCUCAGGGGCAUCUCCUUAUUUCCAAAGGUAUCAAGUCCUUGGAUCCAACCAUUCACAUAUGCCAUCUUUGCCAACCGUGCAUAUGACCUCGUAGAGUUUGUUUGGAGUGGUGGCACAUUUCAAGGUUGGUGGAAUGGUCAAAGGAUGUGGGUGUUCAAAAGAACAACUUCCCAUUUAUUUGGCUUCUCUGACGCUAUCCGGAAGUUAUUGGGAUCCACAAAGUCUGCUUUUGUGAUCACCGCAAAAGUAGCUGAUGAGGAUGUUUCCGAGAGAUACGAGAAAGAGAUGAUGGAGUUUGGUGUUUCUUCUCCAAUGUUUAACAUUUUAGCAACACUUGCACUGCUCAACAUGUUCAGUUUUUUUGGUGGCAUAAAGAUGGUGAUAAUGAAUGUUGAAAGUAAGGUUUUUGACCUAUUGGGCAUGCAGAUAAUUCUAUGUGGGCUCAUAUUUUUUAUCAGUCUACCAAUAUACCAAGGGCUCUUCUUUCGAAAGGACAGCGGCAGGAUGCCCAAUUCAGUAACAUACAAGUCAAUUAUUGUUUCGCUAUUGGCUUGUUCAAUAGCCUUGUACUAA